AUGCCUGUUUCCAAUAUCAGCCAAGAAAGAUUGGCGGAAAUCAAUAAGCAAAUGCUCCAAGCUGGCGCAAUUGGCAUGCUAAAAGGGACGCUUGUUGGUCUCGUGACGGGUUACUUCUUCAAUUAUAGAUAUAACCAUGGGCCCAACACCAAGUUCUUCCUGAGGCCAUACAAGAUCUGGUAUCUUGUGUCGUGUGGGAUUGUCGGGCUCUCUUUCUCUGCGGAAACGGCCCGGAUGCGGAUCACCCGAGAUUUGGCGGAGGAGGAGAACAUCCGGCGAAACCAGUUUUUCUCAGAGGAGAUUGGCGGGAGAAAGUGA